UUUUCUCCUCUCUGCUCAACUCUGCUGAAUCCCACCCAAUAAUUCCAUAACUACGUACGUACUCUCCACCGCUCCAUUCCAACUACCACACACAGUCAGUCAAUUUUUUGGAAUUUCCUCUCCUCGCUCCUUCACAAAAUAAUAAAAAAAACAAUCACCAAGACAACGGUCACACCCACCUCAACAUCAACAACAUCCUCAUCAUCACCGUCACCACCGGCAACCGAAGAAAAGGAGAGAAAUAAAAAUGGCAGUGGACAAGGAAGAGUUGGUUCAACGCGCCAAGUUGGCGGAGCAGGCGGAGCGCUAUGACGACAUGGCCGCGGCGAUGAAAUCCGUCACCGAAACUGGCGUCGAACUGAGCAAUGAAGAAAGAAACCUGCUCAGCGUCGCCUACAAAAACGUCGUCGGUGCUAGGAGGUCCUCCUGGCGAGUGAUAUCCUCGAUUGAGCAGAAGACGGAGGGUUCCGAACGAAAGCAACAAAUGGCUCGAGAGUAUCGGGAAAAAGUGGAAACUGAAUUGAGAGAAAUUUGUCAAGAGGUGUUGCAGUCGCUGUUGGAUAAAUUUUUGAUCCCGAAAGCGUCGAAUGCAGAGAGCAAAGUUUUCUAUCUCAAGAUGAAGGGCGACUAUUAUCGCUACUUGGCUGAGGUGGCCACGGGUGACACCAGGAAUGCGGUAAUUGAAGAUUCCCAAAAAGCGUACCAAGAGGCGUUUGACAUUGCGAAAAGUAAAAUGCAGCCGACGCACCCAAUCCGACUCGGCCUCGCGCUUAAUUUCUCCGUUUUUUACUACGAAAUUCUUUCCUCGCCGGAUCGGGCUUGCCAUUUAGCAAAGAUGGCAUUCGAUGAAGCGAUAGCAGAGUUGGACACGUUGAAUGAAGAUUCUUACAAAGAUUCAACGCUGAUCAUGCAGCUCCUCCGCGACAACUUGACGUUGUGGACGUCGGACACCCAGAACGACGGGGAGGAGGCGGCGGAGGGCGGCGAUAAUUAACACCAAAAAAAUACACACACCAAUUUUAUUAAAAGUUAAAAUUUAUUUAAAAAACAAAGGAAGAAUUUUUCUUUUUCUUGUAAAACACAACACAACACACCAAAACAACACGGUUUAUUAAUUAUGUCACCAUAACAACCAUAAAAAAAUUUUUUGAUGUUGUUCAUCAAAUUGUCUUAAAUAUAAGAAAAGAGAUACACAAAAAG